AUGGGAGUGGGUUUACCAUUAUUAAUACUAUGCGAUAUUAUAUAUUUAUUUAACAAGGGGAGAUUGACAAUAGUGCUAUCUACAUUCAUUUUUUAUUAUUUGUAUAACAUAGAGAAAAAGAAAUCAAUAAUAUCACCAAAUACAAGCAAACCUAUAUCAACAACUGAGAAUGAUUCCACAUCAAAAUUAAAAUUUAAAGAGUCAAAAAGUUCAAAUUCUCCAAUUUACGCCAUAGAUUUCACAUCAACAACUUUCAUACCAUCCACAACUUCAAAUAUACCCAAAACUGUGUCAUUACGUCUGAGAGCUAAAAGAUCUCCCAAAAUCAUAAAAGCCAAUAAACCAACCACCAGCAUAAAAAGAGACAAUUCUCCUGUACUAAGUCAAACACAAGUUGAUUUAAAAUCUUCACAAAUCUACAUAUUUUAUACAACUUUAACUGGAUCAUCUUUAAGAAUAUCUAAAAAAUUAAAUGAAAAAUUAUCAUUAAUGGAAUUAAAAUAUAGUCCAAAGUUAUUAAGUUUAGAUGAUGAUGUAGAUGAUUUAGAAAAAUAUUUUUUAAAAACUCCAAAAACCAAUGAACAAGGUGAUGAAGUUAAAAAUAUAUAUAUAAUGGUAUUACCAUCUUAUGAAACCGAUUCACCAAUUGAUUAUUUUUUGGAGCAUCUUAUAGAUACUUAUCAAGAUUUUAGAGUUGAUAAAUAUCCCUUAAGAUCUUUAUUAGGAUUUGCAGUAUUAGGAUUAGGAGAUUCAGAAAGUUGGUCAGGUGAAAAAUUUUGUUAUCAAGCAAAAUUAACUGAUAAAUGGUUAGGAAAAUUAGGUGGUAGGCGAUUAUUUCCCUUGGGUGAAGUUUGUAUGAAAUUUGAAGGUGAACCAAAAGCUCAAGAAUGGAUACAAAACUUUAGUGAAUUAUUAGUUGAUGAUGAACCAUUUUAUAUUGAUGAAAAUGAUGAUGCUGAAUUUGAUGAUAGUGAUAAAGAAGAUGAAGAAGCAAAUAGUGAUGAUGCAGAUACAUUAGUUGAUGUAGAGGAUAUGGGUGAUAUAAUUAGAAAAACGGGUGGAAGAUCACAACAACAACAACCUAUGGAAAUAAAACAAAUGGUUGCAAAAGAUUCACCCACUUACAAAUCUUUAACAAAACAAGGUUAUACUAUAGUUGGAUCACAUUCAGGUGUCAAAAUCUGUAGAUGGACAAAAUCAGCAUUAAGAGGAAGAGGAUCAUGUUAUAAAUUUGCAUUUUAUGGUAUCAAAUCUCAUUUAUGUAUGGAAACAACUCCUUCUUUAGCAUGUUCAAAUAAAUGUGUAUUUUGUUGGAGACAUGGUACAAAUCCAGUUGCAAAAUCAAAUUGGAGAUGGGAAUUAGAUCCACCUGAAAAAGUUAUGGAAGGUGCAUUACAAGGUCAUUAUCAAAAAAUUAAACAAAUGAGAGGUGUACCUGGAAUUCAAAUGGAUAGAUUUCAAGAAGCAUUUAAAGUUAAACAUUGUGCAUUAUCUUUAGUUGGUGAACCUAUUUUUUAUCCUCAUAUUAAUGAAUUUGUUGAUAUGUUACAUAAACAACAUAUAAGUUCAUUUUUAGUAUGUAAUGCACAACAUCCAGAUAAUUUAGCAAAAUUAUCAAAAGUUACUCAAUUAUAUGUAAGUAUUGAUGCACCUACUAAAAAAGAUUUAAAAAAAGUUGAUAGACCAUUAAAUAGUGAUUUUUGGGAAAGAAUGAUGGCAUGUUUAGAUAUUUUAAGAACUAUUCAAUCACAUCAACGUACAGUUUUUAGAUUAACUUUAGUAAAAGGUUUUAAUAUGGAAGAUAUUGAAAGUUAUGCUGAUAUGGUUGAAAGAGCAUUACCUUCACAAAUUGAAAUUAAAGGAGCAACUUUUUGUGGAUCUUCAAAUGGUAAUGGUAAUCCAUUAACAAUGCAAAAUAUUCCAUUUUAUGAAGAAUGUAAAAACUUUGUAGUAAGUUUAAAUAUAGAAUUACAAUCAAGAGGUUUAACAUAUGAUAUAGCAGCAGAACAUGCUCAUUCAUGUUGUAUAUUAGUAGCAGAUUUAAAAUUUAAAAUUAAUGGAAUAUGGAAUACUCAUAUUGAUUAUCCUAAAUUUUUUGAAUUAUUAGAACUGGGUAAUGAUUUUGUUGAUAUAGAUUAUAUUAAACCAACUCCUGAAUGGGCAAUAUGGGGAUCUGAUGAAGCUGGGUUUAAUCCUGAAGAUACAAGAUGGGAUAGAAAAGCUGAAAAAUUGAAAAAUAAAUUAGCAAGAGAAGAAGAAGCUAAAAGGAAAGAAAAAUUGCAAAAUAAUGAAAUUGAAAUUUUAUAG